AUGACAGGAAUCGCAAGAGCCGCAACCCUGAGAGCUACCUUCGGAAUUGGAGUGGACUCCGAUCAAACCUACGUAUCUCGUACGUAUGCUAUCAUUACGGGCGAACUGACAAUUCAAACUCGACACAUCAACAAAUGGCACAGUAGCGUUCCCGCUGUGACGAGCCUCAUGAAAGUACUAAUCGGUUCCGACGAUCAAACCGCUCUACACUCAGGGCAGGGUUUCGACUCAGAUCGAGGAACAAUCAGGCCAUCUCUUGUUGGGCAAAAGGUCCCGAGAACAGUUUCUCUGUGUUGGAGUCUCACGCACGCACAUCAUUUCAUUUCACUGAUGUAUUCCAAGUCAUGGGGGAACGAACUCGACCCAAAGACACAUCCGGUAGGUUUGGGAAAGACUAUAAGUGGCCUCACAACUUCCCUUUCAAAUAUCCUGAUUCGUACCCGACCGUGCUCAGUGCUCUAG